AUGAAUGAUUUAAAGUAUAUUAAUCCAGAAACCCUACAAGAAAAGAUUACAAUUGAGAACAGAAAUCUAGAGAGUGAUGAUGAGCUAGAGGAAGACAUGAAGGAUGAGAUUGAUAGUGUUAUGGGCCUGCUAGACAGGCUAAAGGAAGAGAGGAAACAAGAGCUUAUGUCAUCCCAGACUACAAACGGCGAUAAGCACAUGACAAGGAUUGAAACACAAGUAAGCGGAAAUCGGCGUCCACCAGAAGAACCUAUUGAUGUAAAGAUAAGACUGAAUAGAGACGAGUCACGUGACGAGGAAGAAGAUGAUUUACAAGAGGGCUAUCGAGAAGGACAGCAGAAGCGAAAACAAGAUACCAUCAUAGCCGAACUAAGGGAAAAGGCUCAGAUUAUUAGUAAGAGUGCUCGUAAAGGGCCUGAAGAUGUAGCAAGUGCGCUGUCUAAAACACAUCAUAUCGAGGACGAUCCAGAGUCCGCGCAGUACUUGAGAAAGAUCCGCGAUGCCAAUGCAGUAGAAGCAUCAGAAGACAAAGAAAACAAAGCAGAAAAAAAAGUGGAAAGAAGCGUCGUAACAGUGGACUUCCCAACACCUAUCUCACCAAGGAAGACGAGCGUGACUGUCAAGUUGAACCUCGAUAUGCAGAAGUCAAAGAUUGCAGUGGCCAGAGGAUCAGGUCUCCAAGGACGAAGAAAACCAACUACUGAACACAUACGAAGAAGUUUGAUGCUGAGUGAUGACGAAGAACCCGAAGAUGUGUUGGCGGCGGGAUACGAGGCUGAACAUGAAGAUAUGGAUGGGGAAGUCAAUGCUGCUAUUAGUCCUGUAGAGACGAACUCCUUAGAAUCAGCCGAUCCCUUAAUGUUUGGCAAGCCAAUAGAAGCGAAAAUCAUGCCGACAAGUCCAGUGGAAUAUGGGCAAAAAAUCAACCUUGAACGACGAGGAAGUUUCGAAGGAUUGAUUCCAAGAUCCACGCCUAAAGAGCGCAAGCCAGCCUGGAAGAGCAAGACAUAUGGCGGGGUGGCUCUGCCUGCUUUUGCUGAGGCCAUGAAGGCUGGUAGUAAGAGUCUGAAGAAAACAGAUACGGCUGAGAAACUGUUAACGGCUGAUAUUGUCAAGCAAGCUGCUCUCAAUAAACUAAACAAAGCAGCCAAAGAAGACAGACCAGAAAAGGAACCAGAGACACCGGAUUGGAUGGUUGAAGCCGAAUCCAGAAGAAAACACCAUGAUCGUCGUAGAAAAGCAGUGAAGCAAAAGACUCCACAACCCGAGUCUAAUGGUAUUCCCAUCAGGCUGAAGGCCACAGGAUCUAAGAUCUUCCAAGAUGAAAAUGAAAUACAACAAACCACCGAGUCUGUGCCCCAGGAGGACUCCGAGAAAAAUAGGUUUGUCGUUAAACUAAAACCCGUUAGAACAAGAGGUAAUAAACCUACUUUUGAACCUGAAGAAGCUAAGAUCUCCUUUAAACUGAAGUCAACUGGAAUUCAAUUGAUCAAACCUGAAGAGACCCCAGAAGAACCAGAAUCAGCAAAACCAGAACCUACAAGCAUCGAACGAGAACCUGAGCCACCGAGAAUCCUACGAGAAGAACCCGAACGUCCUGUAGUCCCUGCCGAAGUAAAGUACUUUGAAAUGGUACCUCGUACGAAGGAUAUUGCUGAGGUGAAUAAGAAUGAAGAACCUGCGAUGCAAGUGCGGCUUCGACAGGAAAAGGUACCUCGUACGAAGGAUAUCGAGAAUUCCGUCACGUUUGUAUUGUUAAACAGAAUCUCAUAUAACUCUUUACUGCGUUAUAAUAGGUGA